CUAAAAAGGUAAAAAAUUGAACAAUUAACUUUUUCUUUCCAUUCACUGCAGUCUGCAAUUAAUAGCCUCUCUCUCUCUCCUCCUUCAUCAUCUCCCCAUAGCCGUCGAGACAGAUAGAGAGAGCUGAAAUUUCUGUGAGAAGAUUUUCUUCCGACAUUUUCUCUUUCCAAACACUGUUCUACACGUAGUCGGAAAUCUCGGAAAAACCAAUCUCCGAGUCAGAGAGAGAGAGAGAGGCGUUCACUGUUGUAAAGGAUUAAGCUUUGGGUAAGAAGAAGAUGAAGAACAAGACCAAUUUAGGUCUCUCAGUCUUCUUCUUCUUUAUAUGUCUCGUUUCCGUGACAUCAGAUCUAGAAGCUGAUCGACGAGCUCUAAUCGCACUUCGUGACGGUGUUCAUGGGCGUCCAUUGCUGUGGAAUCUAACAGCACCACCGUGUACUUGGGGAGGAGUCCAAUGUGAGUCGGGUCGUGUCACAGCACUCCGAUUACCCGGUGUGGGUUUAUCGGGUCCAUUACCAAUCGCCAUCGGAAACCUUACAAAGCUCGAAACUUUAUCAUUCCGAUUCAAUGCUCUUAACGGUCCUCUCCCGCCGGAUUUCGCAAACCUAACUCUUCUCCGUUACUUGUAUCUUCAAGGAAACGCAUUUUCCGGCGAGAUUCCUUCGUUUCUCUUCACUCUACCAAACAUUAUUCGGAUCAAUCUCGCCCAGAAUAAUUUCUUGGGUCGGAUCCCGGAUAAUGUCAAUUCUGCAACCCGGUUAGCUACUCUUUACUUGCAGGAUAAUCAACUCACCGGUCCAAUCCCGGAGAUUAAGAUUAAGCUUCAACAGUUUAAUGUCUCAUCCAAUCAGUUAAACGGGUCGAUUCCGGAUCCGUUGUCGGGUAUGCCCAAAACCGCCUUUUUAGGCAAUUUGCUCUGUGGGAAGCCGUUAGAUGCUUGCCCUGUCAAUGGCACUGGAAACGGUACUGUGACGCCUGGAGGAAAAGGGAAAAGCGACAAGUUAUCUGCCGGAGCUAUUGUCGGAAUAGUGAUCGGCUGUUUCGUCUUGCUUCUCGUGCUUUUCUUGAUCGUGUUCUGUCUCUGUAGAAAGAAGAAGAAAGAGCAAGUCGUCCAAUCGAGAAGCAUCGAAGCAGCUCCUGUUCCGACCUCAUCAGCAGCCGUGGCUAAGGAAUCGAAUGGUCCUCCUGCGGUGGUGGCUAAUGGUGCAUCUGAAAAUGGUGUAUCAAAGAACCCUGCUGCAGUGAGUAAAGAUCUGACAUUUUUCGUGAAAUCUUUCGGCGAGUUUGAUCUUGAUGGAUUGCUGAAAGCUUCUGCGGAAGUACUUGGUAAAGGAACGUUCGGAUCUUCGUACAAGGCCAGUUUCGAUCACGGAUUAGUGGUGGCUGUGAAACGAUUGAGAGAUGUCGUGGUUCCUGAGAAAGAGUUCAGAGAGAAAUUGCAGGUUCUUGGAUCCAUAAGCCAUGCCAAUCUUGUGACAUUGAUUGCAUAUUACUUCAGCCGCGACGAAAAGCUCGUUGUUUUCGAAUACAUGUCUAGAGGAAGCUUGUCUGCGCUGUUACACGGGAACAAAGGAAGUGGCAGAAGUCCAUUGAAUUGGGAAACGAGAGCCAAUAUAGCAUUAGGAGCCGCAAGAGCAAUUAGCUACCUCCAUUCGCGUGACGCGACAACAUCUCAUGGCAACAUUAAAUCAUCUAACAUUCUAUUGUCAGAAUCCUUUGAAGCUAAGGUCUCUGACUACUGUCUUGCACCUAUGAUCAGCCCUACUUCUACACCUAACCGCAUUGAUGGUUACCGAGCUCCUGAAGUAACCGAUGCUCGUAAAAUCUCCCAAAAGGCUGAUGUUUACAGCUUCGGUGUUCUCAUUCUUGAAUUACUCACAGGGAAAUCUCCAACGCAUCAGCAGUUACACGAAGAAGGAGUAGAUUUACCGAGAUGGGUUUCAUCGAUCACUGAACAACAAUCACCAUCAGAUGUGUUUGAUCCAGAGCUCACAAGGUAUCAAUCGGACAGCAAUGAGAACAUGAUCAGGCUUUUAAACAUCGGUAUAAGUUGUACGACUCAGUAUCCAGAUAGUCGUCCUACAAUGCCUGAAGUCACAAGACUCAUCGAGGAGGUUUCUCGUUCACCUGCUUCACCAGGUCCUUUGUCCGAUUGAUUGUAUUUUUCUUUUUCAAUAUAUGGGGUCUAAAUUGAUCAUUUCAAAAUUGUUUGGUCUAAAUUUGAAUUUCUUUAUAUAGUUUGGUCUUUAAGUCAGUUGAGAGAUCUACGUUGAAGUUUUUUUUUUUUUUUUUGUGUUUCUUAAUUUUUUUAGUGAAAUUUUUUAUAUACAAAUUGAUUGAGUGUGAAACAAAUUAUAUCUCUCCUUUUCUAUUGGUCGGCCCAUCAAUUUGAAUAUAGUAACUUUAACUUUAUUUCAUGAA